UUUCGGUUUCCUCCUCCUUGGCGGUAAAUUGAAAUUUUUGAGCGUGCUGUCUUUUUGAGGUUUUACUUUCAAAGGACAGUUCCGGAACAGUGUUUACAAGUGUCGUGCAAAAAAAUUUGACUUUUGUCAAAUUUCGCUUGAUCCAAAGAAUUUUGGAUCAUCGUUUUCCCCGGAUUACGUCGUACCCGUUUUCGGGUACAUACCAACGUCGUCCAUCUUUUUCGGGUUCAGCCUCUGGCUAUUUUUCCGGUAUUUUUGUGUUUUGUAAUCCGUUUUGCACCUUGUUUAACCCAUAACUGUUUCUGUUGACUGCCCUGCAGGUAACAGCUUGUCGGUUUUACGUUUUGAUACUUGUUUCACACUCUUUGAAAGCGUCAUGUCGGAUUCACUGAAUACCGGCGCUAAUAUGUCUUCGGCUGCAUUGAUCAGCGAAUCAAAUGCUGUAUGUGGCAGCGGGAGCUGCUCAAAGCCCGUGACGGACGAGUCUGGUGGCAUGCAGUGCUAUGUAUGCAACUGCUGGUACCAUGAGACCUGCACCGAUUUGAGCCCUGAUCAGUACGCAAUGCUUUCGACUAGCGAUAGCAUGCUGUUCCAUUGUCUUCUAUGCCGUCGCCGUCGAUCUACGCCUCUUGAGGUCACUGAGGAGACAUCGAGCAACAUCGGGCUGGGUAACCAGCAGUUGUGGUCUUUCCUCAUAUCUCUUGAUCGGAAAGUGGAGCUACUGAUGAGAAAUAUGGGAGUCUCUAUUGAUGUCGGCUCAUUGAAGGAAGACACGCAACUAACCUCAAUUGCUGUCGAUGGAAAUCCGACUGAGGUGAUGUCUACCGUGUCGUGUGUCCCAGCGGUCCAGAAUGCCUCAAAAGGGGCCUCUGAUGUCGUACCGGAAGCCGUCCAAAGCGUGACCGAACUUAUUGCCCCUGGGCCCAAUAAAAGCAGGAGGAAGAGGGCUAAGAAAGUCCCUAAGGCUGUUUCAAAGCCUGAAGGUAUUGAAAGCAUUAAGGUAUUGGAGGUGGAACACAAAACUCCAACUCCAAUCACCCCAGUUCCAUUGGCGAAGCAACGCGCGGUGUCGACUUCGGCCACACCCGCAAAGUCUGAAAAGACUAGACCGGUGAGGGAGUUGGAGGCAGAGGAUAAAGCCUCAACCUCAAUUACUCCAGCUCACUUGGCGAAGAAACGCGCCGUGCCAUCUGCCAAACCGGUCGAAACUGAGGUCGCGUCGAAGACGCGUGGAGUGAAUACGCCUCGUCGAGGUGAUUCUUUUACUGAUAGUAGCGUUAUCUUUCGUAACGUUGCUGAAUCCGCGGCAGCUCUUCCAAAGGAGCGCAUGCUGGAUGACCUCCAGUGGUUCAAGCUCUGCGUCAACAAGAUGCUUCCACCUGGUUUCCCCGGUGUCACUAUCAGGAAAUUAACCAGAUUGGGGAACGUCCCUGUUGACACGCCAAAUCCGCGACCCCGACUACUUCGUGUAGUCCUCUCAACCCCGGAGGAACGCAAAGCGUUAAUGCGCUUUGCAUUCAAACUCAAGGGUAGUAAUGUCAGCGUUCAGCCGGACCUCCCACUGGCAGAUCGACUGAAGUUAAAGGAAGCCAUCAAAAGCCUCAAAAGCAGGCGGGCGGCUGGUGAGCAAGGCCUUCGUCUUGUGGGUUUUCAGGUGGUCAGCCGGAAGUCAAAUUCUGCCCUACCAGAACCUCUUCUGGUAGCGUACGACCCAGGGCUGGUCGUGCCGAGUUCCUUCGGGUAGUGCUUAGUAAUGUGCGUAGCCUAAGGAACAAGGUACACGAGGUGGGUCUACUUGUAGACAAAUCUCGUCCCGACAUACUUGCUAUCACCGAAACGUGGCUGUCCCCGGAUAUCACAGACGGUGAAGUAUGUUUGCCUGGCUACGCACUGCUUAGAUGCGAUCGCUCCAUUGGCCGCCAAGGUGGAGGCGUCGCUCUUUAUGUGAGUUGUAAACUCGAUGUGUUGAGGACUUGGGUGUUCCAGUCGCCGGAUCAAACUGUUGAAGCCCUCUCGGCUAUUGUGUGCACUUCCUCCGCUCAGUUUACAGUUGUAGUGGUAUAUCGAAGUCCUGGUAGUAUCUCCAGGGAGGUUAUUGAAUUUAUUCGUACUCAGGCUGCCAAUAGGUGUCUAAUACUGGGUGACUUCAACCUCCCUGAAGUCUGCUGGGCUGAUCUAUCUUGCAGUUCGGCGGUGGGCACUUUCGGUUCGGAUCUCCUUGAGCUAACAUUGCAACUGCCUUUGCAUCAGUUCGUGGACCUCCCGACUAGAUAUAUGCGCAACCAAAUUCCGUCUACCUUGGAUCUCAUUUUUGCGAAGUCACACGAUUUCGUAAGUGAUAUUGCCUACGACUGUCCUCUAGGAGCCAGUGACCAUGUCUGCAUAUCCUUUCGAUGUGCUCUAACUAAGUGUCAUCAAGCUACCGCUGAGGCAUGUCCAAAUAUUUGGCGGGCAGACUUUAACGCAAUACGAGCCAAAGCUUCAGUUUUGCGUUGUGCGAUCACCGUGGCUGACACCGUUGAGACAGCCUGGGAGAAAUUUAAAGCGUACCUCACUGAGAUCUCUGCUCCCCACAUCCCAUUCACUAAGAGAAGGGUGACACGGGCGCAGCCUCCAUGGAUAGAUCAUACAGGUAAAUACCUGCUCAGGAAGCGCUCUAAGUGCUGGCGAACUUACCAAGCGGCUUCAUCAACCAGCACCUACGAAAGCUAUCGAGCGGUUAGAAAUGAAUGUAAGCAUCAUCUUAGAACUCUUCGUCUUCAGUACGAGGAGGAUUUGGCUAACGCAGCCGUAAAAAACCCAAAGAAGUUCUUUGCUUACGUAAAGAGACGUAGCGGUACAAACUCGUCUAUACCGGCUUUACUACGAGCGGACGGGACCCAUGGGCAUACCGACUACGAUAAUGCCUGUAUACUUAGCGAACAGUAUACUGGUGUCUUUUCUCAUGAGGCCUCUCUACCUCAAGUUGAGCUGGUCACUAAAGUUCCGGAGGAUUCUUGCCUAACUGAAAUAAGCAUAACGGAGACACAAGUCUUCAGGCUAUUGCAAGGGCUAAAUCCUUCCAAAGCUUCUGGCCCUGAUUCAAUUCAUCCGAAGCUGAUGCAUGAAUUGGCCGCUGAGCUAAGUGGCCCUCUGACAUGCAUGUUUACAAUAUCACUCGACAGCUGUGCCUUACCUUCUGAAUGGAAGAAGGCAAUCAUCUGUCCGAUUUUUAAGGGCGGGGACAGAGUUCUGCCCGCGAACUAUCGGCCUGUCAGCUUAACAAGCGUAGUAGUUAAGUUGUUUGAAAAAUUGGUCAGGGAUUCGGUGGAGAAUCACCUGAUUAAGUUUAACCUUCUCAGUGCGGCCCAGCACGGAUUCCGUAAGGGAUUUUCAUGUCUGACAAAUUUGCUUGUAGCUCGUGAAAGCUGGGCUGAGGCAGUAGACAACGGCCACGCCAUCGACGUGCUUUUCGUUGACUUCUCGAAAGCCUUUGAUACUGUCCCACAUCAGCGACUCUCAUUGAAGUUGAGAUCGUAUGGGAUAUCUGGAGCCGCCCUUAAAUGGGUUUCUGCUUUCCUAGAGGGCAGAGAACAGUGUGUACGCGUGGGGCGUAGCCUUUCGCUUAGACAAGCUGUUCUUAGUGGCGUUCCGCAGGGCUCGGUUCUAGGGCCGUUGCUUUUCGCAAUUUAUGUCAAUGACCUACCCGAGGAGCUUGGAGUACCGUCGCUAUUGUUUGCUGAUGACCUCAAGCUCUGGAAUAUUGUGGAUAUCCCUGGUGGCUCUGAGGCACUUCAGAGUGCUUUGGAUAGGCUCUGGGAUUGGUCAACCUUAUGGUUGAUGCCCAUAAAUCAGGCGAAAUGUUCUGUCCUCCGCAUUGGAGGUGCUAGUCCCCCCACGCGCUAUGUAGUUGGUGGAAGUGAACUCCCUGUUGUCAUUCAGCAGGUUGAUCUAGGUAUCACCCAUACCUCCUUGCUUCACUCUGGGGAAAAUUGGAGGAAGGCUGCUUGUAGAGGGUUCCGUAUGAUGUGGUUUAUUCGCCGCUCCUUCGGUGUCCUAACGGCCAAUAUCUUUGUGAAGCUGUUCUCAGCUUUCGUGCGACCUCACUUAGAGUACUGUAUCCAGGCUUGUCCACCUUGUCUUGUAAGGGACAAAAUGGAACUGGAGAGGGUUUUGCGAGUGGGUACAAGGUUAGUGCAAGGAUUACGGGGGCAAACGUAUCCCGAACGUUUGCUUAGCUUGGGUAUGUACUCAAUGCACUACCGCAGAAUUAGAGGAGACUUGAUUCUCACUUACCGUAUCUUAACGGGUAAGAUUGGUCCAAAUUUAUCCUGGCUAUUUAGUCCCGCCAAGCUGCCUAGUCUCCGAGGUCACCCGUUGAAGCUGCACAAACAGCGUUCUGACCGGGUAAGGACGGAAACUCGCUUGUCGCGUCGAGUUAUUGAACGUUGGAACUCGCUUCCAGCGCACGUGGUUAGGGAGUCUACGGUAGAGGGUUUCGAGCGUCAAUUAGAUGCUCUAGGGUGGCAGUACCAAACCUUCCCCUUCUCCUAACCGACUUGUAUCUUCAACUUUCCCUUCGUUCUUUUUUAAUCUUCUUCUCACCUUGGUAUUAUCAUUAUUUAGCUGACAUUCCUCCUUUUCUUUUCUUAACUUACCCUUCACUCUUUUACUUCACAUAAACCGGCCCGGCAGGGACUGCUGGGCAGGAAAAUGUGGGCAGUAAUUGGUUGGACAGGGUGUGAUGCGGUCUUUGUUUUAGACUUUUCAACAUCUCAAGCAGACCUGUCAAUUCCCGAUCCAACGAUACGCAAAAGAAGGAACAUUCACGGGAUUAUCCUAUCGUUCCGGUCCCAACUGAACUUGAACUUGAACUUG